AAACAAGAGAAGCAGCGGUACAGAUGUUAGCCGCUUUGGAUCCUGAUUAGCGGUCAUCAAAUCGGUCUUGAUAAUGAACAUGAAUGUUUUGUAUUUUUAAUUGAGAAGUGUGAUUUAGAAGUGAUGGAAAACCUGGUGUUUAUUGUGUGGUGUGCAGUCUCUAUUAUCUGUGGUUUAAGCCUUUCGUCUGCUUAUGAAGAUUAUGAAAGAACCCCUGGUACUUGCAAAAGUGUCGCAGACUGCCCACAAGCAUUAGACUUGUUACGAAAAGCCAAUAAACACAAUUUUGAAAGAUGUCGUUGGAACAAAUCGGAUGAAAUCAUAUGUUGUCCCGAAAGUGUGGAAAAGAAACAAACAAAGAUUUAUCCCUAUCCGGACGGUGGUACGGAAGUACCUACCAAAAGACCCAACACAGACAAUAAAGGACCAUCUCCCAAAAGAAAAUAUCAGCAAGCUUGCGAUGAAAUUAAAACAGAACCUAGACCAAAUAUUACUUUUCACAUCGUCAUACUCGGUGAAGACGCUUUGGACAAGGAGUUUCCACAUAUGGUAGCCCUUGGCUACGAGGACAGUAUGCUUCCACCGGGAGAACUCAGCUGGAAUUGCGGAGCAACUCUAAUCUCUCCCAAUUUCUUGCUGACAGCGGCCCACUGUGUAUCUAAAGAGAAACCUUUAAGAGCUCGUUUGGGAGUGACAAAAAUCAACGAUACCCAUCAUCAAGAUAUCGAUGUUAAGAGAAUUAGAAUACACGAGUCUUACGAUCCGUUAGGGAAACAGGGUGAUCUUGCCAUUAUCGAGUUAAGAAGAAAUGCCACUUUUUCCGAUAGAGUGAAGCCAGCGUGUCUAUAUUGGAAACAUGACGAUCCUCUAGAAUUAAUUGUAACAGGAUGGGGGAAAACGUCUGUCUUUAACGAAGAUGAUAGAAGUAUAAUUUUACAAAAAGCCAAAUUGGUUCCUGUAUCUAUUAAAUCAUGUAACAAUACAUACUCUACUAGAUCUUUGGGUAUUCGAACAAUUCAAAAUACUCAAAUUUGUGCUUUUGGAAAUGCUUCCGACGCCUGUUGGGGUGACUCAGGAGGUCCUUUGCAAAUCAAAGAGAAGACAGGAGCAUUCUCAAUUGUUGGAAUCGUAUCCUAUGGAGCAGGCUGUGGUGUUGGCAGUAAAUGCGAUACCUCAGGAGUCCCUGGUGUUUGCAAAACAGUCAGAGACUGCCCACAAGCAGUAAACUCGAUACGAAAACAUCAUAAAUAUAAUUUUAAGAGAUGUUUUUUUGACAAUAUGGUUGAAAUCAUAUGUUGUCCCGACAGUGUGGAAAAGCGGCCUACAGAGAUAGAUCAACAAAGAAAAUAUCAGCAAGCUUGCGAUAAAAUUAAAAAAGAUGGAGUAAAUAUUAAGUAUAUCACAUUUGGUGAAGACGCUAUGGACAAGGAGUUCCCACAUAUGGUAGCCCUUGGCUACGAAGACAGCAUGCUUCCAUCAGGAGAACUCAGCUGGAAUUGCGGAGCAACUCUAAUCUCUUCCAAUUUCUUGCUGACAGCGGCCCACUGUGUAUCUAAAGAGAAACCUUUAAAAGCCCGUUUGGGAGUAACGAAAAUCACCGAUAGCCAUCAUCAAGAUAUCGAUAUUAAGAGAAUUAGAAUACACGAAUCCUACGAUCAGUUAGGGAAACACGGUGAUCUUGCCCUUGUCGAGUUAACAAGAAAUGCCACUUUUUCCGAUAGCGUGAAGCCAGCGUGUCUAUACUGGAAACAUGACGAUCCUCUAGAACUGCUUGUAACUGGGUGGGGAAAAAAGUCUGUCUUUAACGAAGAUGAUAGAAGUAUCAUUUUACAAAAAGCCAAAUUGAGCCCUGUAUCUGUUUCAUCAUGUAAUAAUACAUACUCUGGUAUAUUUUUGGGUAUUCGAACAAUUGGAAACACACAAAUUUGUGCUUUUGGAAAUUCUUCCGACGCCUGUUGGGGUGACUCAGGAGGUCCUCUGCAAAUCAGAGAAGAUGCAGCAUUCUCAAUUGUUGGAAUUGUAUCCUAUGGAGCAGGCUGUGGUGUAUAUACUCGAGUCUCUCAAUUUGUAGAUUGGAUCGAAAAAUAUGUGUGGCCAUGAUGAAUAAAGUAGUUGAUAGUUCUGGAUAUUAUUUUACUUAUAAAUGUAAUAAAAACUAUAAAUCCUUAAUUUUUUUUUUGACAAAUAGCUGUUUGGUUUCUUGUUGCUACACGAUACCUAUCAGUGGUUUUGCAGCAUUGAUUUGACUAAAUGUUCCUAAAGAUAUUCUAAGAAUGAAAGUACGAACAACAUGUAUAUAAUUUACUGUAAAAGUUUAUUUUCACAUUUCAAUUUCCACAUCAGAAAUCAUUCUCAAUCACCUACAACUUAUGUUUUUAAAAAAUAAAUAAUAAAUUUAUACAGGUAGAGUAUACAAUUAUUGUAUACUACUAGUAUUCAUGAUUGUGAAAUAUAUGUUUCUGACAAUAAUUUAAACAAUCUGUUAAUUAUGACUCAAUGUCAAUGACUGUUAAAUAUUCCCACAAUUAGAGAACCAUCUAUAUAGUCUGCAUGCUUAGCUUGUGAAUAUUUUGAUAGAUUCAUUGUUAUACAACACAAUACCUACUUCUCAGUAUUAAUAGGUCAAAUAAACUUAUUGGUGUAGACUUCUUUUAUUGAAAAAAGAAGAACAGUCAUGAAUAGUGGUAGUAAAUAUUCAUUAAAAACUUUCCAUUUGUAAAUACUAAUCUAUAUACCAUUACAAAAUUUC